AUGGUCCGAGCCAAGCGCCAAAACACUCAGCCUUUGGAGGAUUCCUCUGUGGCCCCCGAAACCUUCACCGACGGCCUACCCCUCCCGAAGUUGAUCGCCUUCGACCUAGACUACACACUGUGGCCGUUCUGGGUAGACACACAUGUCAGCGCCCCUGUGAAGGCCCGCGACCACAACUCGCGCGCCGUCGACCGAUGGGGAGAGUCCUUCGCCUUCUAUCCGGCGGUGUCGUCAAUAGUCUACGCAUGCAAACAUCGCUCGAUUCCACUAGCCCUUGCAUCCCGAACCCAGGCCCCCGAUCUGGCGCGCGACAUGCUCAAAUCCUUGCAUAUCAUCCCCACUUUCUCCGAUAACCCCGCCGCGAACGCUAAGACCAUUCGCGCCCUCGAUUACUUUGAUUUUAUCCAGAUCUACCCCGGGAAUAAGACAUCGCAUUUCUCGAGAAUCCAACAGACAAGCAGUGUUGCUUAUGAGGAUAUGCUGUUCUUCGAUGAUGAGGCACGGAACCGGAACGUCGAGACGGAGUUGGGUGUCACAUUUUGCUUGGUGCGCGAUGGGGUGACCAGGGAGGAGGUCGACCGGGGUGUGAGAGCUUGGAGAAAGCGUAAUGGUAUCAAGCGAGAUACCAUGGAGGAAUCAUGA